AUGCAGGAGAGUCCUAUAAAGUUGAAUAAAAUGGCUUCCAAGGUUUUGAUUCUGUUGGGUCUCUUUGCACUUCUAUUCGCCUUCUCAAAUGUGGCCGCAGCAAGGCACUCAUCGAUGGAAUCGGAGAGUGAGCAAGAUUACUCUGACCUACAGAGCGUUGAACAAAAUGAUUUGACCGAAAAUAAUUUGACCGAAAAUAAUAAUAUUGUGAAGGCCCGUUCUCAAAAAAAAAAUAAUAAUAAUAAUAAUAUUGAAACGAGGAAUGAACAUUUGCAACCUGAUCAAAUGAAAGGUGGUUGCCCCAACGGCUGCUGCCGCAGCAAACACGAUCGCUGCAUACGCUGCUGUUCUUUUGCCGAAGAAGUUGUUGAGACUCAACCCGAUGCAAAAGUUAGCAAUCCAAUUUUCCUUCUUAGCACAAUCCAAUAA